GUCUGGUCGCCAACAUGGCGUCCUCCGCCCCCGGCCGGGCUCCGGCGGGCAAGCGAGUGGUCAACCAGGACGAGCUGCGGCGGCUGAUGAAGGAGAAACAGCGUCAGAGCACUAACCGGAAGCGGAUAGAGUCUCCUUUCGCCAAGUAUAACCGUUUGGGGCAGCUGAGCUGUGCCCUGUGCAACACUCCGGUCAAGAGCGAGCUCCUGUGGCAGACUCACGUCCUGGGCAAGCAGCACCGAGAGAGAGUGGCCAAGCUGAAAGGCGCCAAGGAGGCCACGCAGAGCCCGUCUGCCAAGAGGAAGGCGCCGGACGCGGACAGCCCCGACGUCAAGAGGGCGAGGGCGACAUCGGGACCCCAGGUACAGCCCUCCACCUCGGCUCUGCCUGACAGUGAGACCGCGGGAGGGCCUCCCAAAAGGCUUUCGGGGCUCGGUUUACUCCCCGAUUACGAGGACGAGGAGGAAGAGGAGGAGGAGGACGGAGUACCAGAAGGAAAGGGGAGGGACCCUAGCAAGCAGACCCCCGACGCGCAGGGUCUAGAACCUUCCUCGCGAGAGGCAGCGAGUAGUGUGCGGCCAAAGGAUGCCUUUCAUGCGAAUCCUCCUAAGACCCCCUUAGUUCCUCACUCGGGGUCCAUCGAGAAAGCAGAAAUACAGGAGAAAGUGGUGGAAAGGCGAGAGAACACCGCCGAAGCGUUACCGGAAGGUUUCUUUGACGACCCAGAGGUCGAUGCCAAAGUACGAAAAGUGGACGCCCCGAAGGACCAGAUGGACAAAGAGUGGGACGAAUUCCAAAAAGCCAUGCGGCAGGUCAACACGAUCUCCGAGGCCAUCGUGGCCGAAGAGGAUGAGGAGGGACGGUUGGACCGCCAGAUCGGGGAGAUCGAUGAGCAAAUCGAGUGUUACCGUCGGGUGGAAAAGCUGCGGAAUCGCCAGGAUGAAAUCAAAAAUAAGCUUAAAGAAGUUCUGACCAUCAAAGAACUGCAGAAAAAGGAAGAGGAGAACGCUGACAGCGAUGAUGAGGGGGAGUUGCAAGACCUGUUGUCUCAGGAUUGGCGGGUGAAGGGGGCUUUGUUGUAAGGCUCAGGAAGGAUGCAAGCAAGACGGCGGCGAGAGCAGUGGCAUGAAGAGCUGCACCUGUUACUUACCUGCAGCCUGGAGAUUCUGACACCCAACCGGGUUACUGAGAUAAACUGAGCCAGUGAACGGCAGCAUUUUGGGAAAGGUGUGAAAUAGUUUAGAAGACAAGUUGUUUUUUGUUACAUUUUUAAAGUUUAUAUACCAAAAUGCCAAUUUUUUUUCACACAUUUCCUAUUUAACUGUAUACUUUGGAGUUGUAUAUCUGUAAGUUGUACAUAGUUAAAUAUAUAUUUACUUAAGUAAUUUGUUUUGAAAUUUAUAAAUUAGUAGAGGUCAGAACAAGAGGCGAGCAUUUACACGGAUACUCAGUGCAUUUAGUAUGUAUUUCUUCUCUGACCCCUAAAUCAGACUCAGACAGUUGGUGCUCUCUGUUUUGUUUUUGCAAUACGAUUCAUAAACAUAAGUCAUUCUAGGUUGGUCAUUUCUCUAGCUGAGUUUUCUGCUUUCUAGACAUGCUUUAGAUUACAGAAGUGAAGAAUGUUUUUACUGUGAAGGGCUAUUUGAAUAUUUAUAUCGUUGACAGACCAUAUCGAAUUAACAGUUUAAAAAGAUGAGUCUGCUAGGGCCUGGCACGGUAGCCUAGUGGCUGAGGUCCUUGCCUUGCAU